UACGCCCCACACAGACCACAGGGUGAGCACCGCCUGCUGGCCUCACUAACACCACGUCCAGCAGCAACCUUAGUUUUCCCCAGGAGGUCUCGAAUCCAGAUACUCGCCAAACUCAACCAUGCUAAGUUUCAGUGGGAAACCAGGUGAGAACUGCAGGGAGAUAUGUCUCUGGCCAUAUAUAUACAUACACACAGUGUAUAUAAGCUAAGGAUGGCUUGGGAUGACCUGUGCAGAGUGGACUCCCACCUUGCGUCCAGUGUGUCCAGAUGCAUAACUGAGAUAGAUGUCAUAUCCAGGGGCUUUUCUUGGUGGUAAAAGCAUUUGCUUAGGGCCUCUAGACCACCAGGGGGCCCUAUAAUUUUAAAAUGGAUACGCAAAAAACAAAAACAAUAAUUUGGGGAAAUGCUUUAAGUAUCAUGCAGACACCCUGGACAGGGUACCAAUCCAUCACAGGGCACAAUCACACACUCUGGGCAUGCCAAUCAGCCUACAAUACAUGUGUUUGGACUGGUAGAGGAAACCAGGGUACCUGGAGGAAAACCCCAGGGCACAAGGAGAACAUACAAGCUCUGCAAACACAGGGCCAUAGCAGGAAUCAAACCCGCAACCCUGGAGGCGUGACGCGAAUGUGCUAACCACUAAGCCAAAUGUUUUUACCUCAUCCAAGACAAUGAGGUAUUAACCCUUUGAAGUCUUAAAAGGAAUUUAAACCUUUUGCCAUAUAUUUUGUUUUGCUGUAUUAAACCACCUUAAAAUGUUUUUAACUCAAAUAUUUGGUAUCAUUUUAGUUUCUAUCACCUAUAAUAAAUUAAUUACUUGAUUGGAGUCUAUCUUCAAACACUGUUUAUAAUAAUUAAUCACUCUGUCUCUCUCUCUCUCUCACACACACACACACACACACACACACACACACACACACGUUUACAGCAGGUGAAGACGGCGUAAUUCAUUACGUUUUAAACAAGACCCGCCCCUGUAGGUUGGCCUGCGGCGGUUAUUAUAUUUAACAAGCUGCUGCAGUAGCGCUCAGUUCUCCCAUGAGGACUUUCCUGCAGAGGACGAGGGACAUUAUUGUGUUAGUUUAUUGAGCAUCUCGCUCUGAAGUGCAACAAGAAAAACAUGAAGCUGGAAGUUUUCUCCACCCCUCGCAUCUCGGAGAAGGACCCGCUCGGUGAGGCUGAAGUGAACUCUCCGCUGUGCGCCGAAGAGGAGCUGGGCUCGGACGGAGACUGCGCGGCUAACAGCCCGGCCCCCGCGGCGCGCGUUUCCGGCGGCACGGUCAAGCCGUACACACGCAGGCCCAAGCCUCCCUACUCGUACAUCGCCCUCAUCGCGAUGGCCAUUCGAGACUCGGCCACGGGCCGCCUCACACUGGCCGAGAUAAACGACUACUUGAUGAAAAAAUUCCCCUUUUUCCGCGGCAGCUACACCGGCUGGCGGAACUCCGUGCGGCACAACUUGUCGCUGAACGACUGCUUUCUGAAAGUGCUGCGGGAUCCGUCGCGCCCCUGGGGCAAGGACAACUACUGGAUGCUGAACCCGCACAGCGAGUACACCUUUGCGGACGGCGUUUUCCGCCGCAGGAGGAAGCGUAUUAGUAACAAACCUCUAAAGGACUUGGAAACGCUCGCUAGGGACACCAGCAUGCCUGUGCGCGAAGAGAACACCAGAAACGGCACCAAGUUUUCGAGCUCAUUCGCCAUCGACAGCAUUCUCAGUAAACCAUUCAGGUGCCGGGACGAGUCAAAGGAAGGAGUUUCUAGCAGCACUGAGCUAAUGUUACCUGCAGUAUCUCACUUUAUGCCGCUGGUCAUGAGUUAUCCACUGGCCACUGUACCGUUAUUCCAUCUCAGCCCCGAAGUCUCACGUGCGCCUCAAGGCGGCAGAUGCGACUCCUCGAACUUAACUAAACGCGUGCCUGAUUUCCAGAGCCACCUCCAGGAUUUGCCACAUCCCCACAUCCCCCUUUACACUGCACAGGAGGCCCGGUACCACCCCUUCAGAAUUGACUCUUUACUUUCCUGAGACACACAAUACACCCCAGUGAUGUGCACUUUCUCUCUUAUAUGGUCUGAAAACUGUUAGGGUACUUGCUGUAACUAAUAUAUCCUUCACUAUUUCUGUGAACGCACACAGUAAGUCCAAAAUCUUCUAAAUGUGGCAAUGCGUUCACUUGUGUUUACUAAUUCCAUUUUUUUAUUUAUCGUAAGCGACUUGAGAAGUGUGGUAUGUAUUUAAAUGUAUAUAGUUUGUAUCAGUGACGUUGUUUGGUCAGAAACCUUUGCUAAUGUUAAUAUGUGGAGAUUAUUUGUGUGAGCUGCGCUCCACCAGACGGACAGAACUGUAUCACUGAAAUGUGUGAUAUUUGCUAAUAAAGAAAUAAAUGUAACCCAGAGAAACGUUAGUGUCUUUUUCAAGUUUGGGUUUGUUACAUUGAAGCUGUAAUAUGACAAGUGUGCCAAUAAAGAUCUUGAACCA